AAAUCGAUUCUUGAGAGAUUUCUUCUUCAUCUUCUUUCGUCUUCUUUGUUUCUUCUUCAACUUCGUACUUCUUUCCUUUAUUACCCUUUCCAAUGUCUUACGAUGAGAUGCUUUCUGCUGCGAAGAAAGCUGUCUCUCUCGCUGCUCGUCUCAGCAACGAAGUGAGGAAAUCUCUGUUGGUAUCUGACGUUUGGAACAAAUCAGAUGAUAGUCCUGUUACUGUUGCUGAUUAUGGCUCGCAGGCGGUGGUUAGCCUUGUACUCGAAAGGGAACUCCUGAAUGAACCUGUGUCAUUAGUCGCUGAAGAGGAUUCUGGUGAGUUGAGGAAGAUUGCUGCUGAGACUGUUUUGGCACGUAUUACAGAGCUUGUGAAAGAUACUCUUGCCAGUGAUGAAUCAUAUGCUGCUUCUCCUUUGUCUUCCGAUGAUGUGCUCAACGCCAUAGACCGUGGUAAAUCAGAAGGAGGUCCUAUGGGUCGCCAUUGGAUCUUGGAUCCUAUAGGUGGCACUAGAGGAUUUAUAAGAGGAGAACAAUAUGCAAUAGGAUUAGCAUUGUUGGUGGAUGGCAAAGUAGUACUAGGUGUAAUGGCUUGUCCUAAGCUUCCUUUGGCGUCAACUGCUGGUAACACACUCAAGUCUUUACCUGAAAAAGUUGGUUGCCUUUUCUAUGGUUCGGUUGGCAAUGGGACUUAUGUCCAGUCUCUCAGUGUUGACUCUCCUCCUGUGAAGGUGGAGGUAAGCAGCAUAGAUGAUCCCGCGAAAGCGAGUUUCUUCGAGUCAUACCACACACCUGUCCCCAUCCAUAACACCAUUGCUACGAAACUGGGGAUAAAAGAAUCGCCAAUCAAGAUCAACAGUCAGACGAAGUAUGCAGCUUUAUCUAGAGGAGAUGGAGAGGUGUACUUGAGGUUUACUCGCAAAGCAAGACCCGAAUCAAUAUGGAAUCACGCUGCUGGCUCAAUCAUCGUUUCAGAAGCGGGAGGGAAAGUGACUGAUGCAGCAGGGAAUCCGUUGGACUUUUCGAAAGGGAAGUAUCUUGAUUACAAGAGAGGAAUUGUGGUUACGACGCAGAAACUGUUGCCAAGGCUUUUGAUAGCAGAGCUAGUCGCUGCAAAGAAAGCCGUCUCUCUAGCUGCUCGUCUAAGCCAGGAAGUGCAGAAGACUCUGUUGCAAUCCCAAGUAUGGAAAAAAUCCGAUAGAUCUCCGGUUACUGCAGCUGAUUACGGUUUGUACCUCGCCAUUUACAUACCCGUGAAUUCAACUUCAAGCUCACAAGCUGUGGUUAGUCUUGUAUUGGAGAGGGAGCUCCAACCUGAUAAAUUGUCAUUAGUAGCUGAAGAGGAAACUGGAGAUCUGCGGAAGAAGGGAAGUGAGUUGUUUCUAGAAGGUAUUACAACACUUGUGAAAGAUACUCUAGCUUCUGAGGAAUCGUACACCGGCUCUCCUCUAUCCACAGAUGAUGUGUUAAAUGCUAUAGACUGCGGUAAAUCAGAAGGCGGUAGCAGCGGUUCCCACUGGGUUCUUGAUCCUAUAGAUGGAACCAGAGGAUUUGUAAGAGGAGAGCAAUAUGCUGUGGGACUAGCGUUGCUUGUGGAAGGCAAAGUGGUGCUUGGUGUCAUGGCUUGCCCGAAUCUUCCUUUGGCUUCAGCGAUUUGCGUGACGGAUAAGUCUUCCCAGGAAGAUGUUGGCUGUCUUUUCUUUGCUACAACGGGUUCAGGGACUUAUGUGCAAUCACUCAAAGGCAAUUCUCUACCACAGAAGGUGCGAGUGAGUAGCAAUGAGAAUCUUGACGAAGCGAAGUUCUUAGAAUCAUACCAUAAACCAAUUCCCAUCCAUGGUACCAUUGCCAAGAAACUCGGGAUUAAAGCAUUACCUGUAAGGCUCGAUAGCCAAGCUAAGUAUGCGGCUUUGUCGCGGGGAGACGCAGAGAUAUACUUGCGUUUCACUCUCAAUGGAUACCGUGAAUGUAUUUGGGACCAUGCUGCAGGUUCAAUCAUCACUACAGAAGCUGGAGGCGUAGUGUGUGAUGCUACAGGGAAAUCUCUGGACUUCUCGAAAGGAAAGUAUCUUGCUCACAAAACAGGGAUCAUAGUUACCACCAUGAAACUCAAGCCAUGGAUUUUGAAGGCAGUCAGAGAAUCCAUUGAAGAAGAGAAUCUUUAUUUCUGAGGCACAACAGAAUCUGUACAAUACAGUAUGUGUAUUUUU